AUGAUUCACCCUGUCAACACUUCACCACUAGUAAAGAGUAAAAUAGACAGCGAAAGAAGAAUAAAACUAGAAACCCGUAAUAUUCUCACUAAAAUAGUGUUCUAUGUGAUCAAUCCAUUAUUCUUACUACUCGAUGGAGCCACUCCAUACACAGCAGUUUACAAGCAGCAGUCCCCAUUUCUUCACUAUUUAUUCUGGCACUUUUCUGUUUUCCAUUUAGUUAUAUCUCACAGUUUCUUCUAUCCAAACAUUGUGAAGAAUUUGCCAUGGUGUCUUACAUCUUUCUACCAUGCAUUUACAGUUGGUGCUGUUGUUUGUACACUGGAGAAUUUUAUGCCUUUUAUUCAACAAUUAUGGAUGAUGCAAAUCGGGUUUAUUGGAGCACUUCUGUCCUCUUGGCUCCUUUUAUUCGCAUAUAUCACUAUGGAUCUAGAAGGGUUUUAUGUGAUCUCUCGUUGUGCCUACCACGUAUCAACAUUCUGUCUUCUCAAUUCUUUCGUAUUGACAACUAGUUAUGCAUCAAAUGUCUACAUUGAUUUGCCAUCUGAAAAUCGGAAGAAAUCAAAAAUGAUUUUUGGAAUUCUUCACCUUAUCCUCGGAGGAAUAAUUGGAUAUUUAUCGACAAGGAUUACUUUCAACAUCACAAUCUGCCUGCUUCUUGUCUUUCUCUCCUACAUGUUCUCAAUUUAUCUAUAUAAUUAUUUAACAGUGAAUUCAUAUUUAUUAUGUGAACAUCGAUGGUACAAAUGGGAAUUCCAAGAAUCGAGAGGCAUCAUUUGCCACGUCAUCAGAAGACGACGUCAUCUCUCGAAUCCCUCGGAGAUUCUGAAUUCUUCGUCUUCUCAAAAAGGAUAUUUCCAAUAUGAAGAUGAUAUUCAAUUGGAUCAGAAAUAUUAUAAUGAGUAUUACAGGCUUCGUUGA